UUUCACCCUCAUUUUGAUUUUCUCAUAAGACCCUUUCACCCAAAGGGUCUCAUCAAUUCUCAAACGCCACAACCCCACACAUUCUUCGUAUUAAUAUCAGAAACCACAUUCUUCAUCAAUUUUCCCACGCCUCAUUCUUCACAUUCCCGUUUCCCAUGGCCUCCCAAACCCUCUCUCUUUUCUCCUCCAACCGCCAAAUCCUAACCGCCAACACGACACCGUUUCGGUAACCGCCGACACCGUUUCAUAGUCCAACUCGAGGCCUUGUCUUCCCGACAUGGAGACCCCCAAGAAGAAGCCUAAGAGGUUUCGUUUGCUCCGGUGCUUCAAACCCGACGACGUCGCCCCCUCGCCGAGGGGCGUCGACCCCAUCUUCACCUACAUUGCCGUGCCGGAGAAGCAUCACUACCGCUUCCACCUUCCGGCCGCAUUCUCGUCAGUUUUCAGGACGACAAAAAACGUCGCCGUGAAAACUGACAAUAGCAUGAGUGGCCGGAAAAAGGUUGGCAAAGAGAAUAGUAAUUCCAUUCGCAAGGCUCUGGUGUCGGCUUUGAAUCACACGUCAUUGGCGAAGAAGCUGAAUUACAAGAGGAAAACGAAAAAGGAUGGUUUCUCGAGCGAAAGUGCAAGCAAGUUAUCAUCAAACACUGCUACUUCCACUUCUCCAAGUUCACAAUUCACCCCAUUUUCAUUAUCAGCUUCAACCAAAUCAAGCACUACUUCAACGAGUACUCAGGCUUCAGGAUCAUCCUCUGAAUCCUACCUAUCCAGAUCAUUAAAUGGAAGUGGGUUGGGGAAACAGAAGCUAAAUAUUGGAGAUAGUAGAAAAGGGUAUCUUGGUUCCAACAUGCCUGAAACCUUGCUUUUCAUCACUAGUCUUAUGGUCUUGAUCUUGUUGGGUAAGUGUUGUGCUAUAGCUUACACCACAAUUGGGUUCUUUGUGAUUUCUAAUCGUACAAAAAGGCCUUGCAACGAGGGGAAUAGUGGAGAAGAGCUUAGUUCGGUUCGGUAUAAGAAAUAGAUUAUUUAUGUAUAGGAUUCUUAGACAUAGCCUUAGCCACAUACGUAGAGAUUAAUUUUAUGCCGAAGUUGUAGGAAAACAAAAAACCCAGUUUUUGAUAAGGGUACAUUUUUCUUCAAUUUGCCUUUAAUUCGAACUGAUGGAUAUAUUAUAUGUUUUGCAUCAGUGUAUUUAAUAAAUUUCCAUGUUCUGAAGAAGAACUUAGAAGUUUGAGUUAUUGUAAAUACUUAACAUAUAUAUUCACUUCUUUCUUUUUCUUCUCA